GUCGAAAUGAGCGAGAAAUUGUUUUGAUUUACAAUAAUUUGACAAAGUCUUCAUACGCCUUGAGCUUUCUCACAUUCUGUCCAUUUACAGUGACAAUCGUUGACAGCCAUGCUGAACUGUGAAAUGCAAAGGAAAAAAAAUAUGUGGUUUUCAAAAUUACAAAAAACUGAACUCUGGCUGGUGCCUGUAUUUAACCCUUUUGACUCAAUAUUUUACAAAAUCUCCUUUAACAAUUACAGCUCCAAGUGUUUUGGGGCAGCUGCCAGCGCUGCUCAACUAGAGAUACACACAAUAUAUGUGGGAACUUUUGUUUAAUGCACGAGAAAAUGCUUGACAUGUUUUGGUAAAAUAAUAAUGAUAAUUUUUUUAAAAACUUUGAAGUUUUUUGGUAAAACAGCAAAUAUAGCCAGUAACAUAUUUUCCACAAAGACGAUUUUAUUGGGACAAGAAUAAUGAAUUUCAUUUUAUUCCACUAUCUGGAUCGACUAGCGUCUGUGUUUCCAAUGAACUAAAGGAAGGAAGACAUUUAAGGUGGGGUAGGUAACUUUUAUUAAAAGUAAAUAAAUAAAUAUAGAAAAAUAAAUACAUUUAUUUUAUAUAAAUAAAUAAAUACAUUUUUACAUAUUUGUUAUUUUCACAAAACCGAUAAUCUGUGAAGGAACCAAACUCCUCCUCUUAGCUCUUAUUACAGAAAUAAGCUGCUCGGUGAGAAACAACCAAUCAUAGCCAGGAGGAGGGACUUAGUGCUGUCAAUCACUCUCGUGCACACUUUGCUACCAACAGCUGGUUAACCACAGUGGAACUCGUCAUGUGUGCUAAGGCUAGCUAGCAUGGCCGAUGACCGUCCCUGAAAUAACUUGUUUCUCUGCCACUGCUAGCACAUUUAGCGCCGCACACGAGUUGAUUGACUGCACCAACACCCUGGCUUCUGGCUCUGAUUGGCUGCUUUGGACCGGGAGCUGUGCAUUUCUUCAGUGUAAUAGUAGAACAGGGAGAGAAUCAAGGGAGCUUAAUUUUAUUUUAUUUUUCACAGAUUAUCUGUCUCAUACUGUCACAACAUGGUGAAAGUUUAAACAAAUAUGCAACAGUUACACAUAUUUUUACACAUUUCUUAAAACUCACUAUGUCCUGAGAGUAUAAUAUGAAAAAAAAGAAGCUCCUCCUCUCUUGUAGCUAACAUCAGCUUCCUUCCCUUAUUUUAACAUGUUAACCAUUGCCACACUAAGUUUGUGUUGAAUGUUGGUUUCUCCCUCAUACUCAGUGACUGAUUAGAGUCACAGUUUAAAUAUUGUUUUUUCAUGUUUGCCUUCAUAAAGACGGCUUUGGCGGCUUCUUUGUCUGCACAAAGAUGGUGGACUUUGGGGAAAUUCUUGAGACCGUCGGGGACUUUGGCUUCUUCCAAAGGCUUCUUCUCCUUGCUUUGGCCUCUCCACAUUUUUUGCUCCCAGUUUUUUUCUGCAGCUUCCUUUUCACCCAGUCCGAUCCGGAGCGGCACUGCAACACGGACUGGAUCCUCAGAGCAGCUCCUAACGUGACCACAGAGGAGCAGCUGAACCUCACCGUGCCCAGGGAGGAGGAUGGGAGCUUCAGCCGGUGUCGGAUGUUCGUCCCUGUGGACUGGGACAUCCAUGAUAUCAGGGAGUAUGGCCUCAAUGAGACGACAGGCUGCAGGGAUGGAUGGGUUUAUGGCAGCAUGCUGUAUGAAUCCACCAUAGUUACUGAUUUUGAUCUUGUCUGUGAGAAGUCUAACAUGGCGGAAGUCACUCAGACCGUCUUCAUGACGGGUAUGCUCGCAGGAUCGUUCAUCUUCGGACCAGUUGCUGACUCGUAUGGCCGCAAGAGAACCACUCAGCUUCCGGUCGUCGUCGUCCUGAUAUUUGCCGUAGUUGCCGGUGUGUCUCCAAAUGUUCACGUUUACAAUGUGUCCCAGUUUAUUGUUGGAGCGGCGCUGGGAGGAUACAGGAUGAACUCUAUAGUGUUGGCUACAGAAUGGAUUGGGAUCUCUAAAAGGUCCCUGGCCUCCUGUGUGAGCCAAAUGUUUGGAAGCUUUGGACAGUGUGCGUUGGCCGGGCUGGUCUACUUCAUCCGUGACUGGAGGAAAGCGCAGUACGUGGUGGCAGGGGCAGAGGCUGUUGUGUUCCUCUACAUAUGGUGUAUUCCUGAAUCGGCCCGGUGGCUCCUGGGGCGGGGAAGACCAAAGGAAGCCAAAGAACUGAUCCGAAAAGCUGCAGCGAUCAAUAAAAAGGAAAUCCCAGAGAACCUGCUUGACCAGGUGAGCGAGGAGAAAAAAGUGGAAAGUGGAGGAAUCAAAAUGAUUUUUACCUCAGCAGUGCUGAUAAAACAUUUCUUCAUCAUAGCCUUUGCCUGGUUUUCUUUGAACCUGGGCUACUUCUGCCUGGUUCUGAACGUGGGCAAGUUUGGUCUGGACAUCUUCCUGGUCCAGUUUCUGUUUGGGAUUUCCGAGGUGCCGGCACAUCUCCUCUGCAUCUGGUUCUUAGAGUUUUUGGGACGGAAAAAAUCGCUGUUAUCAACUCUCCUCGUAGCGGGGGUUGUUUGCCUUUUAACCUUGGCUUUUCCCCAAGACAGCGCAAUAGCCGUGACAACCCUGGUUACCAUAGGAAAGUUCUUCUUGAACUGGGCCGGCUCGGUGUGUCUGGUUUACAUUCAAGAACUGUUUCCUACUUCUAUCAGGCAAACUGCAGUGUCUUUGGGCUCCAUCGCCUUUAGAGUUGCAGGGCUGCUGUCGCCGUUACUCAACAUGCUGGCUGUGUACCACCGCUCCAUUCCCAUCAUAGUCUUUAGCAGCCUGGCUGUGCUAAGCGGAGCGCUGGUCUUCCUGCUUCCUGAGACCAGCAGAAAAGAUCUUCCUGAUUCAACAACUGAUGGCAAGAGCAACGGGGAUUUGACCAACGAGAAGACUGGAAGUGACAUCUUGGCUGAAAUCCAUACCAGAAAAUCAACCAAACUCUAAAUAACACCGAAAACCUUUUUGUUGUUUUUGUUGUUGCUUUUUCUGGAUCCUAAGUUUGAGCCUACGUGCUCAAACCGAUCAACUGGGAGAGGAUGUGGGAAAAGUCACUGGGAAACGGUUGUCCUGCAGCCUGCUGAAUGGACAUGUUUUGUGUGACGGGCGAGCAAUCUGUUCUCCGUGCAGAACAAUUUGGAAGCAUUAAGUUCAAUAAAUCAAGAAGACACAAACUAACAUUUUUUGAAUGUUUGUACUGACUCCUAAAUUGUGUUUUCUGUUAGGACUUGGGGAUAAGGAACAAAUAUAUUCUACCCAUAAUGUUAAGACUUGGUCUAUUGUUUUCCAGGACACAGGGAGGAUGACUGUGAGUUUUAAUCUACAACUGACUUCAUAGUAACUUAUUGACUGGUUAACGAUGACGAGUGUCUGACAAUAAAACAGUCGACAUUACAUCGCUGGAGUUUUGACUGUUUGCUACUUUAAAACAUUACAUAUUUAAAUAAUAAUUUGAGUCAACUCUCUGACAGAUUAAACUCCUGCUGCCUUCAAAAAAGCAGGAGUGACUAAAAAAAAGACAAAGUUUCUCUCUACACCUAUGAAAAUGAAAUAUCUUCUUUUUUUAUUAUUGCUAACAGCUCCACAAACCUUCAAACUUUAACUAUAGUAUCUAGAGUCCAAAAUGUUAUUUAACAGAUGUCAGGAAAGACUACUGAGCGUCAUGAUUUGACGAGUCGGCACGCAGUAAAAUAAUAAAAAGAGAAAAUAGAACACUUUGUACAACCUAGAGAUAAUUGGUUGUCUUGUCUGCGUUUAAGUAAAGUAUUUGUGCUAGGAAAAGCUCAAACUUUAGGACUUUUACCUGCUGUUUUGGUCAGUUUGUUUCCCAGAUUGCUUAAUCUUUUGAUCAGAAAACCAAAAAAUAUUUUAGGAUGGCAUCCGGUGAGACAUGCCAGGAUGGUAUAAACCUGGUUAAAAAAAAAAAAAAAUCAGGAAUACUUCUUCUAAGUGAAAAUGCAGUCUCAUCUUUCCUGAAUCACGCUUGCAUGGGUUUA